AUGAAGCGUACCACAAAACUCCUCAAUUCCAUCCAGCGAGGCCAACCGCAAGCCCGGCGAGCCGCCUCCUCGAAUGUCAGCGUCUUCUCGGGCAUCCAACCGACCGGGAUCCCGCACUUGGGGAACUAUCUAGGCGCUCUCCGCCAAUGGGUCGGGAUCCAGGACAAUUCGCCCGAGUCGGCCAAGCUCACCUUCUGCAUUGUGGACCUGCACGCCAUCACGCAGCCGCAGGAGGCGGAGCAGUUGCGGAAGCGCAAGACGGAGCUGCUGGCUACGCUUUUGGCUGUCGGGUUAGACCCUAGGAGGUGCACGAUUUUCGAGCAGAGCCGUGUGCCGGCGCACUCGGAGUUGAUGUGGAUCUUGAGCUGUGUUGCGCCGAUGGGGAGGUUAAACCGCAUGACGCAGUGGAAGAGCAAGCUUGGUGUCCCUUCAAACCAGGAUGCCCUUCAGGAGAAGGCUACUGCGGCCAGUUUGAAGUUGGGGUUACUCUCGUAUCCGGUUCUGCAGGCGGCGGAUAUUCUAAUACACAAAGCUACACAUGUUCCAGUUGGUGAAGACCAAUCCCAGCAUCUGGAGCUAACGCGAGAGAUCGCAUCAAGUUUCAACAAAGCCUUCAAGAAGGACGUCUUAAAAUUACCCAUCACCCUCCUCUCACCGGCAAAGCGCGUCAUGUCGCUCAAAGACCCCACGCAAAAAAUGACCAAAUCAGCCGCUGAUCCUGCUUCCCGCAUUCUCCUGACAGAUUCGCCAAAAGAAGUUCACGGCAAGCUCAGAAAGGCUAUAACGGAUAGUGUUCCAGGCCCCCCGACCUACGACGUGCAGAACAGACCGGGUCUUUCAAACCUCAUUGAGAUACUCGCUCACGUCCAACGUCGACAGGACUUUGACGAGGUUGCGAAGGAAGUCUCAGAUUUGAGUCUUAAGGCGUUCAAAGAGCUUGUGGCAGACGCCAUCAGCGAGCACUUGGAACCCAUCCGGGAUGAGUACGAGAAGAUCAUGGCGGAGAGUAAUAGAGAAGUGCUGCACUUUGUAGCGAGUGAGGGGGAGCGGAAGGCUCGGGAGAGUGCAGAGGAGACGUUGGCGGAGGUUAAGGAGGCGGUUGGAUUAUAAAAAGCGUUAGAAAAAGAAAAAAGGUUACCACGCCCCUCUGUAUACGGUAUCGUACCAUAUUUACUUUUAGUUUUUCCUGGGUAGAAGCUGUUUCUUCCUUCUCUUUCUCUUUUCACCCUUUUUCCGGUAAGAUAGUUGUAUAUGAUGCUCCCUCCUUUCCUGAACAUGUAAAUCUAUCAUU